AUGGCCACAAGGAUACUUCAGGCGAAUCUCAACAGGUCCGCCAAAGCCCAGGACUUGCUGGCCCAAAGCCUGGCGGAAUGGCAGAUUGGGGUUGGGAUCAUUGCCGAGCCCUAUUCCGUCCCACCCAGGGACAACUGGGCCGGUGACCUGGAUAGGCUGGCGGCCAUUGUCACCAACUCAUCCGCCGGUCCUCUGCCUCUUCAUAGAGUGGAAAGGGGCCACGGUUAUGUCGCGGCAUGGAUUGGCGACACAAUGGUGGUUGGGGCGUAUUUCUCACCGAACCGAUCCCUGGCCGAAUUCGAACAGUUUCUGGUAGAGGUCGGAUCGGUGAUCGGCAGAAAUCGCCCUGGCAAGCUGCUUGUGGCUGGCGACCUUAACGCCAAGUCCAAAUCCUGGGGAUCGCCGGCGACAGACGUCUUUGGGGCUGAACUGGAGGAGUGGGCUACUUCGACUGGGCUGAUUGUCCUAAACCGAGGGUCAUCCAACACGUGCGUGCGGCAACAGGGCGGCUCCAUUGUGGAUGUCACAUUCGCCAACGCUACCCUGGCGCGCUGUGUUCGAGGCUGGGAGGUGCUGGAGGAUGUGGAGACGCUGUCGGAUCACCGAUACAUCCGGUUCGAGAUCUCCACUCUUCCGGCCAACCCGAGCGGCCUGGGGCGACCCUGGCGAGAAAAUGGCCCUCGCUGGGCAAUCAAACGACUGGACCGGGAUGUAUUUGAAGAGGCAGCCAUGACGCGGAAGCGGAGGCCAUAG